CAAUUUUUAGAUCGUUAGAGAGGAAGGAUAAUAAUACGGAGGAGGAGAAAGUGGAUAUGCUAUAGAGCGCUCAGGAACUGGGAUGCUCAGAAACUGGGAUGGGCAGCAUUUUGGCAUUUCAUUUCAACAUCGUUUUAUUACAAGGAUGACCCCAGUGUCUUUCUGGGUAUAACCAUGCAAAGGACUAACAGCGCCAGGAUGUUUUCAAAUUUACGACAAGUAUUUGCAACGACAACAUACCAAAUUCGGCUCGAAUCGAGCAAGGCAACAGGUCCAACAAGUCCGAUGGCACCGGCUGAGAAGGGGACCAGGCCAAAGGGGAUCUGGGGAAUGUUGGGCUCACCUUGGCAAGAUCCUUUACCGAAAGGCGAAAUGGCUGUAACACGUUUGGAUGAUCUGAAUAAUAUGAUUCAUCGAUCUUCUCUUUGGCCGAUGACGUUUGGAUUGGCCUGCUGUGCUGUUGAAAUGAUGCAUUUCGCCGCUCCUCGUUAUGAUAUGGAUCGUUUUGGUGUCGUUUUUCGUGCAUCUCCUAGACAGUCAGAUGUCAUGAUUGUUGCUGGAACAGUAACUAAUAAAAUGGCUCCAGCUGUUCGACGCGUUUAUGACCAGAUGCCUGAGCCAAAAUGGGUAAUCAGUAUGGGUUCAUGUGCAAAUGGCGGUGGUUAUUAUCAUUAUUCAUAUUCAGUGUUGAAAGGUGUCGAUCGGAUUAUUCCUGUGGAUAUAUAUGUUCCUGGAUGUCCACCAUCAGCAGAGGCAUUGUUAUAUGGCGUGCUGCAAUUGCAAAAAAAAUUAAGCGGAAACGGGAGGGUUUAAUGUGGCACAGGAGAUAAUUUCUGUGUACCAGAUUUCUGGAUUUCUCUUUUCUUUUCCAGCAGUUGAAAGCUUCGAGAAUCCAGAACUUUGUAGAUGAAUUCAGUGAUUAUACUUAUAUUUCUUUCAUCUUUGAGUUACUCCUAAUAAUUCUUGUUUAAUAAAAGCAAAAGUUUUUUUGGACAAAAUCGAAUAUUUUGGGCUUGUGUUAUAUGUCAACGUAUUUCCGAUAGAAGUUAUUCGGUUUUUUUGUUUUGGAUACCAUUAUGCUCGUAUGCAAGGAUUUCCAACUUCUGAAUUUUCUUUUUUUUCACCUCCAUUCUAUUCGUAUUUGUUAUUUCUAGAUAUUAGUCGAGUUUGAACGACUAGAAGGCUAGAAAGGCUAGAAGCCUUAAAGUUUAUUAGGCUUAUUAAAACUGCUUACCACGUAUUUGUUUCGAUUUUGUAACACAGAUGUAAAUAAAACAUUGACGAAAA